AUGACAGAUGACAGGGCGGUAGUAAAAGUGUUUAGGAGUGUUAAACCCACCCUCAUUGAUGUGACCUCAAAGAGAUGCGAAGACACAAAAGAAUGGAGGGAAAAGUCUCAGCAGCAUCUCUCUCCUGGAAAGGAGAUAUUAAACUACCAAUCCAUCUUUUGGAUCGCUUGUUCCAGUGAGGCUGUAUACAAGCAAUGCGUAUUUGUGUUUGACCUUCAUGAACAAGGGAAGUUAAAGAACCUAAAAAUUCAGAAACACGAAUCCAUCUCUACUCUCUCCCCAAACAUGACCAGGCCCUGGAGAGCUUUAAUGACUUUACCAGAGGAGACAAUCCUGGAAAUGCUAUUAAAGGUCACCAAAUUAGACUAUCAUUUGGAUGAAAUGACAAAGGAAGCUGAAUAUCUAAAGAGGACAAGGAACAUCCAGGUUGCCGUAUGCAAACAUUCGAAAAUGCCCUGGGAGAAGACUUUGAAUCACUUCAGGACUAAUGAGGAUGAGGCCGAGGAAGAACCCAGUCAAUUUAUAGGAUGACAAAAAUUUGCAAGAAUAAUAUAAUGGAAUCAGUUCUCUGUCUUUUCCUUGUUUCGAAGAGCAGUCAAGGAGAUAUAUAUUUUUAUGUGAAAUGUAGCUUUAUGCUUAUAAUACAUCUAUGAUAUGGACGUAUGUAUAUGCUGUUAAUAUCAAUGAUAUCGACAUGGCAUUCCCCCUAAUAUACUUCCAAUAUUUACAACAACAUCUCCCGCUUUCAGUGAGGCGAAACAAUUUCAUAUUAUCAUAUAAUAUUUUAAAGAGAUGUGAAAAGAAGUGUCCCUGGAGAGAGGCUGCGACAAUUUAUGGACCGCAAAGUAAAGGACCCCGGGAAAAAAUCAAAACCCAUGGUUUUUCAGAAGGAUCCCCUUAUAUUUUUGAAGGCCGGGAGAGUAGAAAUCACUGUUGAUAUAACACUUUUUAUGAGGAAAUAGUAAGAAUAAUCAUAUGAUGAUAAUAUCGUUAACGUCUAAAGAUAAAGCAUUAUUAAAAUA